AUGCACCAGAAGCCUUUAGUACUAAUACUAAUAAUUUACCAUGGAAUCCCUUCAGUUUUGGGAUAUUUCGACUCCGCGCCGCAGAUGAAUAUGGGUGACCUACCCUCAAAAGGACAAUCCUAUCAAAUAGUUCGUGUCAUUGAGUAUAUAGUUCCAUAUCCCUAUCAAAGACCACCCAACAUAUCUGCCAGAGGGGCAAGUGUUAACACAAUGGAGCCAAACAGCCUGGAGAUUAUUCCAGCUGAUAUUGAAAGUCUUCUUACCGCUGGACAGAGAACAACAGCCAAGCCCAAGGCAGUUAAGCACUUUCUGAUGAGGAUCCUCUACGAAAAUAAAGUUAUCUGCAGUGGGGCUUUAAUCUCCAGCCGUUUGGUGUUAACUUCCGCCCACUGUUUUCCCAGGAAUUUCAGUAAAGCUUCCGCUCAUUUAUAUAAACUCCAAGCAAGUAGAAGUCGCAUUUACUCUGUGACGAAUAUAAUUCUCGGCUCCAUGGAAGACAUGGCCCUGAUGUUACUCCAGUUACCGCUCCAGGAUUCAUUCGUCCAGCCGAUUGAACUCUGUGACAAACCACUCCGCAGGAAUGACAAUGUCAGCAUCUACAUGUCACAACAACAUCUGCGCUUCCUGCGCACCAAACUCAUUGCCAAUGGAAACUGCAAGCGAAGUUAUGCCCAGGACGAGAACGCCUUCAUCACCAAGACCAUGUUAUGUGCUUUGAAUUCGAACAGAUUGGUGGACUGCCAGACGGCCAAGGGGGAUCUGCUCCUGCAUCAAGAUCAAAUGUGUGGUGUGAACAUCUAUGGACAGCACUGCUCCGAUGGAGCCAUCAAUGGAGAGCUCUAUGCGGACGUUUUCAAGGCCAGGUCACAGCUGUUGCCAUUGAUUGAGCGCUACUCCGCUUGA